AUGUCGGCCGACAAGAUCCACACCGACGACACGCCAGUGCCGGUGCUGCAGCCCGGUCGCAAGACGACCAAAGAGGGCCGACUGUGGACCUAUGUCCGAGACGGCACCGGAUGGCAUGACCCGACACCAGGUGCCGUGUGGUUUGCGUACUCGCCCGACCGCAAGGGCGAGCAUCCAAAGGCGCACUUGAAGGACUUCAGCGGCGAUAUGCAGGCUGAUGCCUAUGGCGGCUACGACCGGAUUUACGAGGAUCGCAAAGACACCGACAAGCCCAUCCGGGAAGUGGCGUGCUGGGCGCACGCCCGGCGCAAGUUCUACGGGCUGAUCAAGUCUACCGACUCGCCCCUGGCCACACAGGCCGUGGAACUGAUUGCAAAGCUCUAUGUCGUGGAGUCCAGUGUGCGAGGCAAGGCGCCCGAGCAAAGGCAAGCUGCUCGCCAAGCUCAUGCCGUGCCGGUUCUUGCGCAAAUCAAGGCGUGGAUGAUCGCUACAGCGGCCAAGGUGUCGCGCAAAUCCGAGAUGGCCAAGGCGAUCAAUUACAGCCUCACUCGCUGGGACGCGUUGGUCAGGUACACGACCAACGGCAAACUGGAAAUCGACAACAAUGCCGCCGAGCGUUCUGUCCGGCCUAUCGCGCUCGGACGCAAGAACUGGAUGUUUGCGGGUUCAGAUGAAGGCGGUAAACGAGCCGCUGCCCUGUACAGUCUGAUCGGCACGGCGAAGAUGCAUGGUCUGAAUCCUGAAGCCUACCUGAGGGAUGUGCUGGCCCGAAUCAAUGAUCAAAAGAUCACUGAAAUUGAUGCCCUGUUGCCCUGGAAUAUGAAGCCAGAAAUUGUUGGCAACGCCAGUGACUGA